CUUGUGUUGUGUACUGGAUCAUCCAAGUCCAUUGAUAUAAUUGACAUGAACACAGGAAAAGUUGUAUGGCAUAAAGAAACUGCUGGAACAAGAUUACCUCAUUUAAUUGCCAUAAAUGAAGGAUCCCCUUAUACAAGCCAAGAUCCAGUGAUGCACGAUUUAUUUUUAACUUCUGCUGUGGUAGAUGGUAUAAAGAUAUGGGAUUUACGAACCAAGAAAGUUAUUGUAUCUUAUAAAGAACAUAAAUGCCGUUACCUUCCUUGUGGUGCAACUUUUUCUGCAUGUGGAAAAUAUGUUCUUUCAGGAAGUGAAGAUAAAUCGAUUUACACAUAUGACCUAAGGCAACUAAGUUAUCUGUAUAAAGUACAAAACCAAAAUAGCAAUACAGUGACUGGAAUAAGAUUCAUUUCUAAAAACACCCAGUUUCUAACUACUUGUUUGGAUGGAAAUGUCUCUCUAUAUGGAUGAAAGAAAUAAAAGUUUCAAAAGACAAGUGACAUCUGUUCUAUUAAAUUGUAGAAAAUAAAAUAAUUUUUUGCCA